AUGGUUCGCGAUUUGGAGAUGAUCCACUCAAGUCUUGACGAUGUCUUGAAGACCCUCCAACUUCCCCGAUUAUCUAAGCUUGAAAGCCCUGGGCAGAUGCUGUUGUCUCCGACUUACGAGGAGGCAACAGAACCUCGCCUAGCCGAUGAAUUUGGACUGUCUCGGGACAGUUCCCCAAAGCCUUCUCCAGAAGACGAACAUGAACUUCCAAAGGUCCCCAUCAACUCGGUCUACCAGUUGACGAAGCUCAGAGCCCUUCGUUCUCCAGAUGAUAUCGGGAAGGACGACACUCCGAGGCAUCCUCGACCCAAGGUCGAUGACCUUGUUUCCAGGGGAAGCUUGUCUCUUGAGGACGCCGAGCGUCUUUUCACCCUCUAUAGGGACCAUCUUGACCCAUUCAUGUAUGGAAUAGGUGGGCGUUAUGGAACACUAGAGGCGCUCCGCCACCGCAGCACCAUCCUGACUACGUGCAUCUUUACUGUCUCCGCACUGCAUGAUCCCGAAAGCAAUAAAAUAUAUGGAGUAUGCUACAAGGAGUGCCGCCGUCUCCUGGCUUCCUCCAUGUUCGACCGACGCAUCGACUCAGACUACCUGAGGGCCAUGUGCAUUGCUUCAUACUGGCUUUCCGACAUCAGCUGGGAGGUCUCAGGCUGUGCGAUAAGGCGAGCCGCCGAGUUCAACCUCAUCAGGCAUUUCAAACAGGCAACAGAGGAAGGGAGCGAAGAAUCGGCGGAUUACGUGCGACUCUGGUACGUGCUGCACAUUUGUGAUCAGCAUCUGUCAACUUUAUAUGGACGGCAACCUAUCAUCAGAGAGGACUUGGCAAUCCAGGGUUGGAAAACCUUCAUGUCGCGGUCUCCUCCCAACACAGCAUCGGAAGAUACACGGCUUGCCAGUCAGGUUGCGUUGGUGAAUAUCAUCCACACCAUUCGUGACUUAUUUGGUCCAGACACUGGCGAUCCGGUUCCUCAAGUAUACUCGAUGCAAAUCACACAAUUUGCCCGCCAACUCGACCAAUGGGUCGGUCAUUGGUCUGGGGUAGUUACAGAUCACCAUGAACGAAUUGGGACUUUCCCCCGCAAGGGAGUUCUUUUACACUUCCAUUUCACCAAAUUACAUCUAUACUCCCACAUCUUCAGAGGCCUUCGCAAGGGAGACUCUAUACCCUCAUACUUCCUGGAGCCAGCUUCCUCGGCUGCGGCGGCAGCAACUUCUAUCAUCGACCUCCUCAUAGCGGAUGCUGAAAUUCAACCUGCACUCGCAGGGAUGCCGUCCUAUAUGCAUUCAAUGUCAGCUUUCGCCUGCAUGUUCCUGGCCAAACUCUCCAUGAUUCACGGCGAGCAGUUGAUAGACAGACAACAAGUGGUGGAUUCAAUCGCGAGACUCGCAGGUUUCUACCGGUCGACACCAGUAGGAAAAUGGCACUUAGUCAAUCUUAUGGCUGACGGCCUGGACAAGAUUGUGGAGACCCUGAGGGCAAAUGGGACGUCUCUUUCGAGCCAACAGCCUCGCCUGGACCUGGCACCCGCUCAGAGCGAAGACGGGGACUUCGCUAGUCUGAUGAACCCUGCCUUCUCCGGCGAUUCUGCCUUCAGCUUCGACGCGAACUUCUUACUUGAUAGCAGCAUGAGCCUCGGGGCUCCAGAGCUCAUGUACUUUAGUAAUGGGACCAAUAUUUCUGGGAUGAUUGACAACUUCAGCCCUGAGAGCUUGUAA